AUGCCACCCAAAAAAGAUGAUAAAGGUAAGGGUCAACAAAAGCCUCGUCGCACUAGAUUCAUUGUAGAGGAGGUUCCUAACUCAGAUAUGUUUGUUCCUAUGCCACGCUCUACUCCACGCUAUACUACACCGCCUAUGCAUCCUACACCGCCUAUGCAUCCUACACCUUCUAUGCAUCCUACACCGUCUAUGCAUCCUACACCGCCUAUGCAUCCUACACCGCCCAUGUCUGGAUCUUUCACUGGAUUACUAUCCAUGCCCCCUGGAUCAGGUGGAUCUGGUAGCUUGCCAUUACCCAUGCAUAUGGAGACAGGUGGAUCUAGCAUGCCAUUACCCAUCCCUUCAGAGGAUGAUACCAGUGCUCCUGGAGAUACCAGUGCUCCUGGAGAUACCAGCGCUCAUGGAGAUACUAGUGCUGAGGAGCAAACGAAGAGGAAGCGUAUUUUGAAAAAAAAAUACGACUCAAAAAAUUAA